AUGGAGAGGCCAUCCGGUCCGAACCCGGCGCAGAUGGGGCUCCCUGGCAAUCCGGCCCAGGGGCGUCGGGCUGCCCUUGCUGCUGGCAUCAACAUCCCUCCCCCGCCUCCCAUCCCAAAGACGGUUCGGAAGAUACCCUCCAAUUCCGGCCUCACGGCCUCAGCCCCCAUCGCUCAGAGCCAGGUCAUCGUCCUGGCGAGGGACGCCAUGAAGAAAGCUGUCGAGGAGAACCAGAGCCAGGUUGCCGAAGCCAGCGCCGUCAGCAGCGAGCUCAAGCCCGGCGUGACUGUCAAUCUGAGCCAUAAGAACAUCCAGAAGCUUCCGGAAGAGGUCGUUGACGUUAUAAAAGACCAGCUGGAAAGGCUCGCCCUCUCACACAACAAAAUCUCGUCUUUCCCAGCCCGAUUCGCCGAAUGCACGUUACUCCGAUACUUGAACGUCCGUAACAACAGGAUUAGCGAGUUCCCAUUACCGCUGUGUGAUCUGAAAUCGCUCGAAAUCCUCGACCUCGGCAGGAAUCAGUUGCGAAAUUUACCACCAGACAUUGCGAGGCUUACCUCACUGAAGGUGUUUGCAGUGCAGAAAAACCUGAUCAAGGAGCUUCCCCUCUGUCUGGCCGACAUGGGCUCGUUGCAGAUGAUAAAGCUUGAUGGAAACCCAAUCGUAUUCCCUCCCAGAGAGAUUCUGCAAGCGCAAGCUAGCAGCCCACCCAACGACGGGUUUUUGAAGGAGACAGAAGUGAAGGAGUUGACCGUCACAAUCGCCAUCAAGAAAUUCCUGAGGCAGCACGCCAACGAUCGAAUGGAAGCAGAAGCUGCUGCCGCCGGCGAAGACUCGUCUGAAGGCGUCGAGACGCCGCGCCUGGCCCCAAUCAAGCGCCCUGCAAGCGGUCGCUUUCCUAUCAAGGUCAACGGCACCGACGUACCUGACCUUCGGUCGCCAAAUACUGCACCACGACCGCCCCCAAUCCCCACGCGAUCACAUUAUCGUGGACUUUCUCAACAGAGUACAUCAUCGAUUCGUCGACCUGGUGUCAUGCCUCUGACAAUGGGGGGCAAUGUUAAUGAGCGCGUGCGCAGCAAUUCCGAAACCCUACUUCAAGCCCGCAACCAAUACUCCGGAGACCGCCAGCGCCGCAUGGCAUCCAUAUCCAAGCGGACACAGGAGCUAGGCACUUUGGACGAGACUCAGGCCAACAACCGAUUCAGCCAUUAUCGUGGACUCAGUCACGGUUCAGCCAUGCAAGCUCCCAACGGCACCAGCAUGACCAUCAAAAGCCCCAACAGCCCCGCGGAGCCAUUUCUUCAACGCCCGAUCUAUGUGCGACGGCUUUCAGUACUGCCCGAGCGCCGGCGCGAGUCCAAAUAUAUCGACCCCGUUCUCGAAGCGGCCAAGGGCAUCCUCUACUCGGUUUUCCAAAUUCACCCCAUGAUCCAGAUGCUGAUGCAUCUCACAAGCGAUGGCACAUCUAAGCGAUCCAGCCUCGAGAUCGUCUUCUACAACACUAAUGUACAUGUGGAGGAGCUUGAGCAGGAGAUCCAGAGGCAUGAGGCGGCCAUCGAGACGGAAGAUUCCGGCUACAAAGAGAACGAGAGCGUGCAGAGGGCCUGCAUCACCCUGGUCAACGCCUACGCACACGUUUGUUCACUGUUGGCAACGAACGUUGACCUGUUCAUCGAAAACGGCGACCCAAGAUAUAUCCGCACACUAUUAAUGCUGCUCUACAACAGCAUCAUGGAACUCCGCGUCACAGUGUCCAACCCAAGCCCCGACGCUGGCUUUAGGAGAGCUGCCAGCAGAGCCGCAAUGGGCGACACCAUCCGGCCGCAACCUCAUUCGCGUGAGAGCUCGGUCACACCCACGGCCGACCGACCGGGCCAUGGUCUGCGAUCCCGUAGUGGAAACUUUGUCCACAACCCAAGCAAUCUGAGGGUGGCUACAGACGUGCCGCUGAAUCCCUUGCAGGUUCCCUACAUUAACGGAACGGGACGCACGGCCACCGUCACUCCUACUCCACGGUCCGGGGAAUCUUGGACCUCAACCAGCAGCAGGGGCGUGAACGGAGAUUUCACAGAAGAAGACCGCGUUUUUGAGAGGAUUUACCUCUCCCUCCAGAGAUCGACCGAUUGGAUCAUGCGAUCUCUGCCCUCGCUGAACAGCCAAUUCGGAGCUUGCCUGGACAACGCCAUCGCCCACAGCACACCCAAGGUCGUACAGUACUGGAGAGCCUUGAUUCUUAAGUGCAACACAGCGAUCCAGAACACUGAGACGCUUAAGAAGCGCCUGUCCCUCAUCAAGCUUAAGGAGCCAGGUAUCCGGACACACAGUGCCUUCUGGGCCCUGUGCACCAACUUUAUUGAUGCGUGGGCUGAGCUGGGCAAGAUGAUCAAGCACAUCACCAACGGCGUGCCAGAAGUACAGCUGCCAAAUGACACCCGGCAGCGACUUCGCCCGGUGCAGCACAGCAUCAAGGAGACUCGCGAUUUGAUCCGUGCGUCACCUUGGUCCGACUCCCUCCGCGCACACAACCACUCAAACUCAACGUCGAGUUCUCUCGGCGGCUCCUUUUCGCAGAGCCAGAUGCCUGCAGCCCAAUCGCAACUGCCCAUGACGCCGCAGUCCGCGGCACUCGGGCCGGCCGUCCAGGCUACCGUCGCGACCCCACAAAGUGCAUCGUUCGCCAAGGCAUUUAACGGCGGGGUGUUCGAGCGUGCUGACGCCCUGAUUUCCAUGGGCGGACGCUCGAUGCAUGGAUCACGAACCGGUACCAUGUCCAGUGCUGGCUCAUCGAGCCUCAACUCCAUCACCAGCAUGUCGUCCAACGACGAGCUCAUGACACCCAACACAGCGGUGAGCCCCGGCCCCGGACCCUACAGCGGUCAGCUCCCAUUCCGCCUGGGCAACGGAAGCAGGGUAGCGCUCUGA